AUGUGGAUCUUUUCGAGACCUCGAACGGGGAUCAGGGUGAACGGACAACCGAUAGAACUCGUCGAUGAGUUCUGUUACCUGGGCUGUACGCUGAAGAACAACGGUAGCUACGAGAGAUAUGUUCAGCAAAGAUGCGCUAGGGCCACUUCUGCAUUUAACUCCUUAACGAAAUGCCUGUUGUCGACCCCCAUCACCAACGAAGUCAAGCUGCGAGUCUACUUAUCCGCAAUUCGCCCCAUCAUGAUGUACGGAUCGGAGACUUGGGCAGCACCAUCAACGGUUAUGGAGAGGCUCGACUGCACGGAACGAAAGCUGCUCAGAAAUUGA